GGAGGCGGCAGGGAUGCGAUGGCGAAGUCGCUGCCCCUGGAGAUGCUCACAUAUAUUCUGAGCUUCCUGCCUCUGUCAGAUCAGAAAGAGGCCUCCCUCGUGAGUUGGGCUUGGUACCGUGCUGCCCAGAAUGCCCUUCGGGAGAUGGAGUCUCGUGCUGUUGCCCAGGCUGGAGUGCAGUGGCAGGAUCUCGGCUCACUGCAACCUCCACCUCUGAGGUUCAAGAGAUUCUCCUGCCUCAGCCCCCAGAGUAGCUGGGAUUACAGGUGUCUGCCACCAUGCCUGGCUUUUUUGUAUUUUUAGUAGAGAUGGGGUUUCACCACGUUGGCCAGGCUGGUCUUGAACUCCUGAACUUAAGUGACCUGCCCGCCAUGGGGCAAAGUCCAGGGAUUACAGGCAUGAACCACCACGCCCGGCCAGCAAUUACUCUUAAGAUGCCAGCAUCGGGAAGGGAGGAGACCAGGGGGCAAGGUGUUCCUUCUGUAGAUGGGGCAGCUAGAGCUAGAGCAUGUGGCCUUGCAGUUCUCUUUGGGUGGGUCUAGAAGCAUCUUCCCAGGGCCCAGGAAGGGGGUGUCCUAUACCAGGGCCAAAGUCCAGAACCCAGAAGGCCUGCUUCAGCCUGCUGCUGUUCUCUCACACAGAGAAAUAUCCCUGAAAGGCUGUUCCUGGGCUCCUGCAGGUUAUUUAUUUAUUUAUUUAUUUAUUUAAGCUGGAGUCUCGCUCUGUUGCUCAGGCUGGAGUGCAGUGGCGCGAUCUCAGCCCACUGCAACCUCCGCCUCCCAGGUUCAAGCAGUUUUCCUGCCUCAGCCUCCCGAGUAGCUGGGAUUACAAACUCCUGCCACCACGCCCAGCUAAUUUUUGUAUUUUUAGUAGAGAUAGGGUUUCACCAUGUUGGCCAGGCUGGUCUCCAACUCCUGACCUCGUGAUCCGCCUGCCUUGGCCUCCCAAAGUGCUGGGAUUAUAGGCAUGAGCCACCACACCUGGCCAACUCCUGCAGUUUUAAGUCCAUAUGACCUCAGGAGCAGGUGACCUCAGGAGCAGACCUCAGGAGCCACCUGGGAGGUGGCUUAGAGGCUGCUGCAUCCCACCAGCAAAAAUGGUGGGGCCUGGACAUGGUCUCAAGCCUCUUCCGUACCCCCCAGAGCUAGAAGUCCUUUAAGCCAGGCCCUGGUUCUCUAUCGAGUGGCCUUGCUGCCAGGAGCCAGCCCUGGACUUGGGCCCUGGGGCAUUGCCAGAGCCUUCCAAGGUCUUUUGUCCACCUGGUUCAUAGGGAGGCAGUGGGAGAGAAGAGACCCUUCCUGGCCAGCCAGGCUCCAGAAUGAAGGGAAGGAAAGAAGUCAGGCUGAGCCCCUGAAGGUGCUGUGCCACCGGAGCUGGGGCCUGCAGGACUUUCAGGGAUUCCUCAGUGAUGUGUGAGUUCGGGGAGGAGGUGCUGCCUCACAGCCAGCUCUGCUCCACCUGCCCCAGCCAGUUUCCUCUGAUCUGCAUGGGAUGGAGUCAUCCAGCUUGCAGGGCUUGGGAAUGGCUGGAGGUAUGCCCUCCAUUCCUCUCUGAUGUUUUAUUGCCCUCUCCACCCUCACACACUGGGAUCUUCCCAGCCUCCCUUUCACCUGAGAUCCCCGAUCCACUGCCCACGAGGAGACCUGUGGUGAGUGCCCCUCUCAUCUGGAAUGACCAUGUUCCAGAAGUAGGGGCUGGAAGGGGAACCUGGCUGACCUCUGGUUCCUGUGAAAGAGGCCAGGAGCUGGUUCCUGUCUCUUACACCACUCCUUCCCGUCAUUAUAGCCAUGGGUGCCACUUCUCUGUGGCAGAAGCCAGGCUGGCCUCUCCACACCCGGGAAUGAGUCCUGUGUUUCUUAGGAGAAUCCUGUUGAUAAGUAUCUUGCAGGAGCACAUCCUGUGAGUCACUUCUACCUUCUGCAUUCCUUUUUUUUUUUUUUUGAGAUGGAGUUUUGCUGUGUUGCCCAGACUGGAGUGCAGUGGUGCAAUCUUGGAUCACUGCAACCUGCACCUCUCAGGUUCAAGUGAUCCUCCUGCCUCAGCCUCCCAAGUAGCUGGGAUUAUAAGCAUGCACCACCACACCCAGCUAAUUUCUUUUUUUUGAGACAGAGUCUUGCUCUGUCACCGAGGCUGGAGUGCAGUGAUGCAGUCUCGGCUCACUGCAAGCUCCACCUCCCGGGUUCACGCCAUUCUCGUGCCUCAGCCUCCCAAGUAGCUGGGACUACAGGUGCUCACCACCAUGCCCGGCUAAUUUUUUUGUAUUUUUAGUAGAGGUGGGGUUUCACCAUGUUAGCCAGGAUGGUCUCAAUCUCCUGACCUCAUGAUCAGCCCACUUUGGCCUCCCAGAGUGCUGGGAUUACAGGUGUGAGCCACCGCGCCCAGCCUAAUUUCUGUAAUUUUAGUAGAGAUGGGGUUUCACCAUGUUGGCCAGGCUGGUCUCAAACUCUUGACCUCAAGUGAUCCACCCGCCUCAGCCUCCGAAAGUGCUGGGAUUACAGGCAGGAGCCACCGUGCCUGGCUUGGAUUCCCUUUUGAUGAUGGUCUGUGGGGUACCAGCAGGGAACAGCAGCUUGUUUUUGCAGUUACUGACAAGACAGGUUUAGGGGAGGAUUCUUUCCUGCAUCAGGAACAUGUUGAUUCAAACAAGAGCCCUCUUUGAGUACCACGUGCCUGCAACAUGGGCAAGAGGUAGGGAGACGGGGCAAGGAUUUUAGAAUCCAAGCCCUCUUCUCCCUCUCCCUAGAGAUCUGUUCCACACAAAUUAUACCGAUUUCCCUUUGGCUCACUCCAGUGCAAUAUCAGGAAAAGUUCUUUGAAGAUAUCUCCUUAGCUGGGAGCUCCUAAAUGCCUGCACAAGCCCACUUAUUCCCACUAUGUAGCCCUGAGCUUGUCUCUUGGGUCCCACCUGACUCCAGCUGUGCACUCCCCAUUAUCACUCCCCUGUUCCUCUACGCAGAGCCAGCUCAACUUCCUUGGCAUGGGUGAGGUGUGUUCUGUUAGCUCCCACCCACGGAAAUGGGAGGAUUCAGCGUCCUUACCGUGACAGAUAGAUGCCCCCUCCAGAGAUAUGCCACAGGGAUCACAAGCACAUCUUGAACUCUGGAGCAUUCAGGGCCCAAUACCAGGCAGCUCCACGUGUUCAUGCACAUACACACGCACAUGUACAUACAUGCACACACACAUAUAUGCACAUGCACACAUUUUUGCUUACACACAGAACACAUUUUUGCAAACAUUCAUGUGACAGGCUCUCUCAGGCCACCAGGGGACUUAGGCCUAACUGCCUGCCCCAGACCUCUGGCACCUGGGCCAUAGAGGGUUGUGGUGAGUGAUACCUACCUCACUUCUAUCGCCUUCCACUCUUCAGAGGGCUACGCUCUCUAGAAAGUGGGGGAGGCUGGCUGCUUAGCUCAUGCCAAGUUCCUGGAGUAGGAGGCUGAGUCCAUGGAUCUCAGGGCCUCCUUCUGAAAGUCCCAAAGGUUGGGGUCUGGCAUAAUUUGCCCUCCCACACCCUGGGGACUUCACUGGGUUUCCUCUAGGUCGCAUCUCAGCCCUCCUCUGCUCAGCAUGCCAACUCCCCACUCUGUCCCCACCCCUCCCUCAGUAUCCCAUCCUGUCCAUCACUAACCUUCCCGCCUUCCUCUGAUGGUCAUCUCCUUUGAACCCCAGCUCCCACUUCCUACCCAUACCCAACUUGACCACACAUGACACCACACACCAUGGUGGGUCUCCAUUGUGGAAGGGCCCUUCCUUGACCUGCCCUCAACCUCUGGCCAGUGACUUGUCACCAAACCCAAUGCCCAGCACCCUCUGAAGCCAGAGGGCUACCCCCAGGCCUGCUGCUGCUCCGUAGACAGAUGUGCGAUACAACAUCCCUGUGUCCUCUGCCUCCCUCUCGGCCAUCAAGAGCCUGGGCCUCAGGGGCAUCUGCUGCAUCAGCCUGACCAACCUGGAUGGCUCUCCGGCUUCACACCAGCUGUGCCCCCAGCCUGGAGCGCCUCUCCUUGGCAUACUGCCACCUCACCUUCGAGCUGGGCCCAGCCUGAGGCUCCAUCGGCCCCCAAGACUCCUCUCCCUCCCAGUUCUCCUUCUGCAACCUGCUGCGAUUAGUGCAAGAGCGGGCUGGCAGGCUGCGUGCGCUGGACCUGAGUGGCACUGGCUUGCCACCCGAGGCCCUACAGGCUCUGGGCCAGGUAGCUGGGCUGCAGCCUCAGGAGCUGAGCCUGCACAGCUGCCGGGACCUCUCCACAGAGGCCGUGGCUACCCUGUGCUUCCAGCAACCAGGCCUUACCUCCCUGGACCUCAGUGGCUGCUCAGAACUGACUGAUGGGGCGCUCUUGGCCGUGAGCCGGGGCCUGCGGCACCUGCGGCACCUGAGCCUGGGGAAGCUGCAGCGGCUGACAGAUGCAGGAUGUACAGCUCUGGGUGGCCUGCAGGAGCUGCAGAGCCUCGACAUGGCCAAGUGCUGCCUGGUGAGAGGGCGGGAACUGGCCCAGGCCCUGGGCUCUAUGCACGGGGCUCCAUCCCAGCUGGCCUCCCUCAGCCUGGCCCACUGCUCUUCAUUGAAGGAUGCCUCAGGCUCUCCAUGAUCCCAGCGCUGGGCCUGAGCCUCAGGGUGCUAGACCUGUCCUCCUGUGUGGCCCUCACCAACAGGACCCUGCAGGCCAUCUGCACCUACCUCACCCACCUCUCAGUCCUGCGCCUGGCGUGGUGCAGGGAGCUCUGUGACUGGGGGCUUCUGGGGCUGGGGGAGCCUGUGCAGGGGACCCAGGUGUGGGACCCUCGAGGUCUUGGAGGACGGCGUGGCCCCUGGGAUCAGCUGCCCUCCUGCCCCUCCCAAGUCUCUGUAGGAGUAUUUAAGGGCAAACUCAGGAGGAACCUGAGAAGCAAAGGCUUCUUCCCACAGUCAUGCCCAGAGCUGGAGCAUCAGGCCUCAGGUACCAAGGACGCCUGUCCAGAGCCACAGGGCCCCUCCCUGCUCAUGCUGCGGGCCCUGCAGGAGUUGGACCUCACAGCCUGCAGCAAGCUGACUGAUGCCAGUUUAGCCAAGGUGCUCCAGUUUCCCCAGCUGAGGCAGCUGUCCCUUAGCCUGUUGCCAGAACUCACAGACAACGGCUUGGUCGCUGUGGCCAGGGGCUGUCCUAGCCUGGAGCACUUGGCGCUGAGUCACUGCAGCCGACUCAGUGACAAGGGCUGGGCCCAGGCAGCCAGCUUCUGGCCAAGGCUGCAGCAUCUCAACCUGUCCAGCUGCAGUCAGCUCAUAGAGCAGACACUGGAUGCUAUUGGGCAGGCAUGCAGGCAGCUCCGGGUGUUGGAUGUGGCCACGUGCCCUGGCAUCAACAUGGCCACCGUCAGACGCUUCCAAGCCCAGCUGCCCCAGGUGUCCUGUGUCCAGUCCCGCUUCGUGGGAGGGGCUGACCUGACCCUAACACUCUGAGGCCGGGUCAGUAACCAGCCCUGCAGCACAGCCUCCUUGACUCCCCCAGUCUCCAACCCUGGCCUUGACCUGGGUUGCUUCUUGCCUCCCUCUACUGCAGACCCUCUAGGACUGGGGGUGGGGCCAAUCCAGGGCAGCCCAGAGGGAACAUCCUGCCACACCACCUGGCAGUAGCCUCUUUCCAGCUACACGUCGCUGCCACAGGCCCCUGGAAAUGCUACCUACAUGUUGCCACCACAGGCUCCUGCUCUCUGGCCAAGCCCUGGGUGGGAGGCCAGGCCCCCAGCGGGCAGGGUCUGGUGCUGGGAGGAGCUGAGCCUCUGCCUCUUGCCUGCCCUCCUCUCAGACCUAAGGCCGGGCUCCACCUACUCCUGUGGGACUCUCCCAGCACCCUGUGUGCACUGAGCUUCAGCAGCUGAGCCCAGGUCUGUGCUGUAAAUCCUAAGAUUAAACAUUCCAGAUAGUA